AUGGCCGCGGCGAAGCCGGCGCAGAACGGGCGGCCGACGCCUAGUGCCCCGGAGUGGCGGGUGACGGUGGCUGAGGGCGCGUCGGUGACGGUGGAGCACGAGGCCGGCCGGGCCGCGCGGGCGUGGGCGUGGCUGGUCGCGCGAUUGCUCGCGUUCGGGGACAAGGCGCUUGGGUUCGGCGGGCGGGUCUGGAGGAUCGGCGCCGACGACCCCCGGAGGGCUGUGCACGGCCUCAAGGUGGGCCUCGCCCUCGCGAUGGUCUCCGUGUUCUACUACACCAGGCCCCUAUACGACGGCGUCGGCGGCGCCGCCAUGUGGGCCCUCCUCACGGUCGUCGUCGUCUUCGAGUACACCGUCGGUGGCUGCGUGUACAAGGGGUUCAACCGAGCCAUCGCCACGGCCAGCGCCGCCGUGAUCGCGCUUGGCGUGCACUGGAUCGCCAGCAAGUCCGGCGACAAGUUCGAGCCGUUCAUCCGCAGUGGCUCCGUCUUUCUGCUUGCCGCGAUGGCGACGUUCUCGCGCUUCAUCCCGACGGUGAAGGCGCGGUUCGACUACGGCGUCACCAUCUUCAUUCUCACCUACAGCCUGGUGGCGGUGUCGGGGUACCGCGUGGGCGCGCUGGUGGCGUUGGCGCAGCAGCGGGUGUGCACCAUCUCCAUCGGCGUCUCCAUCUGCUUCGCCAUCUGCGUCCUCAUCUGCCCCGUGUGGGCCGGCCAGGAGCUGCACCGCGCCACAGCGCGCAACAUGGAGAGCCUCGCGGGCGCCCUCGAGGCCAUCGUCGAGGGCUACUUCCUCGCCGACGCCGCGGAGGAGGAGGCGAGCGGCGACAAGCGGCCGUCGUCCUCCAAUGCGACGGAGGGGUACAGGUGCGUGCUCAACUCCAAGGCGUCCGAGGACUCGCAGGCCAACCUUGCGCGGUGGGAGCCCCCGCACGGCAGUUUCGGCUUCCGCCACCCGUACGGCCAGUACCGGAACGUCGGCGCCGCCAUGCGCCACUGCGCCUACUGCGUGGAGGCCCUGGCCGGCUGCGCCCGCUCGGCCGAGGCCCAGCCGGCGGCGCCGCACGGGGGGCACUCCAGGCGGCACCUCGCCGGCGCGUGUACGCGGGUGGCGGCGCUGUGCGCCAGGGUGCUCAGGGAGGCGUCAGCCUCCGUCACCUCGAUGACGGCGUCUGGGAUCCUGGACUUCGCCGUCGCGGACAUGAACGCCGCCGUGCAGGACCUGCGGGACGACCUGAGGGCGCUCCCGUCCGGGCUGCUGCUGGCCGGGGCGGGGUCGGCGGCGUCUACGGCGCUGCUGGUGGACGCGGCGCAGCUGUUCACCGUCACCUCGCUGCUGAUAGAGGUGUCCGCCAGGGUCGAGGGCGUUGUGGACGCCGUCGACACGCUGGCCAGCCUCGCGAACUUCAGGUCAGCAGAUGACGGAAAGCCUGCAGAGUCCGCGACUAAGGAGCAAUCCAUGAUCAGCUCGGACUCGGAAGAGUCGGGAGGGAAUCGGACGACGAUGAAGGCGCUUGAAUAGGCUUGAUCGAGAUCAUCAGGUUCUGACCACCGGAAUUAAUUCCACAAGACUCGAAGAUGAUAACUCGAGCUGGCUGGGAUAAUUGUCAUCCUGGCCCGAUCUGAUGCAUGGGGUUUCGCGGGUUUUUACAAUUCAGUGGCAUCCUCUAAGGCCUCGUUUGGAAAGUGGAAACAUGAUAAUCCCCUCCAAUCUUACACUUUCACUCUUACGAGUAUACAGUUGGGAGAAAUUGAUGUACAAAUUAGUUCACUUUUCACUCUAAAGUCUAAAUCAUAUGUAUUAGGAGGGAAUGGGUUUAUCCAAAGUUCCAAACAAGACCUAAAGGAGUCCUCAUAUUCCAGCCUAUCAAAACAAA